AUGCAAAAGGUAAGCACCUAAGUUCAACAAACUUUUUACUACUGCACGAAAGUUUGUAAUUCAGACCAUAAAUACAAGGAUAACUCAGCUUAAACGCCUCAGAUGUUUUAAGACAUCUUUUUAACCAGUUACAAUUUAAUAAAAAGGAGACAAAUUCAAAUCAAAAUUAGUGAUAGGUAGGCUCAUGGUUCAAUACAUCAAGAAAAGCUAAUUGUUUCUCUUCAUAAGAUUAAGCUUCUUGAUACAAAACUAGCUUUCAGAUAAAACUAUCUCAGCUGCAUUAAAACUUUCUCCAACUUCAUAGUAUCAAUACUAUAUAUAUAUAUAUAUAUAUAUAUAUAUAUAUAUAUAUAUAUAUAUAUCACACAUAUAUAAAAACAAAGGUCUGACUAAGGUAAUUUGUGUAUUUUUUAAAUACAAUUCAAACAGUCAAACGAAAUGCGAUUUCCAUCUUUUAAAAAAGUGAAAUUUGAGUUUCUAGAUGGAAAUUAUGACAACAUUAAAAUACUGACGUGAGAAUACAACUUCCUAUCCGUGGCUUUUAUUUUGACAUCAUGGAGGAAGUCAAGUAUGUUUUAAGUCUGAACGUAACAUCGAGCCACGGUUGAAAUGCAGCUGAUGGUAAUCAGGAAAACGGAGAGUAUGGUGCAGGAUCUCAGACACAUGCAGUAAGUGCCAGGUGUUUUUACAGACUUUUAUAUUUUCAGAAGUAAAGAAGAAAUGACAUAGCAGGGGUUUCUGAUUGAUUUGUAGUUUUACAGCUUUUCCACAGUGUCGACAUUCAGCACAUCAGUUAGCUAGCUAAGACGUUAUUUAGCUAACCCCUUUAGUUGGAUCAAAAGUUUUCACCUGUCCAGUGUCAGUUUGACAAAAUUUAGGUCCAGAUCAUUAAAAUAAUUACCAGAGACUUUCUAGAAGUAAGAUACAGUGUAAUUUUUCAUGAUUUUGUGAGAUUUAGAAGUUGGUUUGGGGUGUUCAGUGGGCAGUGAGUAAUGACUUAACAGAUGAUUAGUAAAUACUGUGUAGAAUAUGAGACUAAAUUCACUAGAAGACUUCAGUAAUAAAUGAAUUAUAGAGUUUAUCGUUGGAAAAAAUAUUGGCAGCGUCUGACAACUAUUACAAAGAUUAUCAAUGACCUUGACAUCCUUUCAUAAUAUGAAAGAAAUAAGGGCUGUAUGAGUGAAAACUCUUACUGGUCUUUUUAAUGUAUACAGUGACUAAAAUGGUUACAAAUUCUGACUAAAAUUCACAAAUAGUCCACACUAAACCAGCAAUAGACUAAAAUUUAAUGUAAUGUUCUUUACAGCUUAACACUGGUUUGAAUUGGGUUUUGAAAUCAAAUGUAAAACACCUCUGCAUAUAUAGAUCUAAUACCAUUAAAGCCUUCAUAAUGUGACUACAUUUAUUGCAGGUUUGAAAUAUAUCCCUUGGUUUGAAAUGCCACCACGGAUAAGCCCUCUUAAAGAUGCCAGUCAUCAUGUUUUGUCAAGGUCUGACAAGAUAUCCAAAUUAGAGGUGAAGUUUAUCAAUGCAAUAAAAGGUAAGGUGACAGGACAUUAUUUGUGAAUUACUCCUUAUGUAUACAAUUGCCAUCUCAUAAGUAUUUGAUGUAAGAUGUCAGGAUAAACUAGUUAAGCUAGAGAUUGCAGCUUUGUAUAGGCUUACUAUCUCUUGAGGUCUAAAUUAAUACACAGCAUUAAGGUCUCACUUUUCUGUUAAAUGUUUCUGCUAUCUUUUUUAGGACGUGGUGUAUUUGCAAAGACUCCUUUUUGCAAAGGAGAUUUUGUUGUUGAAUACAGGGGAGAUUUGAUAACGGAUGCAGAAUACAGCAGCAGAAGAAAACUUUACCACCCAUCAUGUGCUGCAUUUAUGUUUGCAUUUCAGUGGAGAGGGAAAACAUGGUGGUAGGAUGACACUCUACUAUCAAAGGGUUUUGACUUUCUUAAGAAAUACUGUGAUAUUUAGUUUCUCAUUGUCUUGUGUUUUGAUUUUUCAAGCAUUGAUGCAUCAAGAGAAGAUGAAUCAUAUGGGCGACUGGUCAAUGAUGAACACAGGUCUCCAAACUGUAAGAUGAAAAAAAUUGAGGUGACCGGAAACCCACACCUUUGUUUGUUUGCACUGAACGACAUUAAAGAGGGAGAAGAAAUAACCUAUGAUUAUGGAGAUGCUGACUGCCCAUGGCGAACACAAGUAUGUUGCACUAAGAUUGGCUCAUUUUUUAAAACUGAAGUAAAAAAGUAAUUCAAGAUACAUAAAAAUUAAUAUGUUCAAAGGUGGCUGAGGAAACUGUGAAAGGGUCAAGCAAGUCCCUCCACUCCAAUGUCCCAAAGGAUAAGCACAUAAAGCAUACUCGCCAAAAGGUACAUUGCAUCCAUCUCAGCCCCCAGUGAAGUGUUCUUAACAUGUGUUUAAUUCAGUGCAUUUUUUAUCAAGUCUAAUAAGUAUUCACUAUCAAAAUUUAUAGUUUUACAAUGUGUAUCAACAGGAGGCCAGGACCCUACUAAACUUCCUGGAGGUGGACAUCCCCAAUCCCUCCACCCAGCUGAAGGCUACCAAAGAUGAUGCCAUUGGUCAAGAUAGCACCUCUGAUCAGGUGAGUCAUAUUUAUCACCUUACAUUUCAUAUUAAAACCAUUCUUCUGUCAGAUUUGAUGUCUUACAAUGCUAAAAAGUGACAAAAUAGGGUAAAAAAUCAUGAAAUUCAGUUUGAACCAGUGCACUGGGCAGUCAAAUGUAAACAACAUAGAAGCUUGGUGGUUUGUAUAAGAUAAAGGUUUUGGUUUGAGCCUGCUCUGGAGUUUUCUUGUUGAUUUAUUAUCAGUGUAUUGUAAACACUUACGAUGUCCCCAUAAGACACUUUGAGUAAUUUCUCACUCUGGGUAGAGAAGCAGAUUCAGACACAUCUGGUCCCCACAAGGCAGCUUAAUCUAGUGUGUGAAGUGUCCCCACAAAGUGUAUUGUGUUUUUAGAAAAAAUCCAUGUGUAUUAUAAUGUAGUUAUGGCAAAUUUAUUCAAGUUUCAAUUUCUCUAAAUCAAAUAUAUUUUGUAAUGUGUAUCCACAGGAGACUAGGGGCCUACUGAACAACAUGGAGGUGGACAUCCCCAAUCCCUCCACACAGCCACAGGCUACCAAAGAUGACACCAUUGGUCAAGAUAGCACCUCUAAUCAGGUGAGUCAUAUUUAUCACCUUACAUUUCAUAUUAAAACCAUUCUUCUGUCAGAUUUGAUGUCUUACAUUGCUAAAAAGUGAAAAAAUAGGGUAAAAAAUCAUGAAAUUCAGUUUGAACCAGUGCACUGGGCAGUCAAAUGUAAACAACAUAGAAGCUUGGUGGUUUGUAUAAGAUAAAUGUUUUGGUUUGAGCCUGCUCUGGAGUUUUCUUAUUGAUUUAUUAUCAGUGAAUUGUAAACACUUACAAUGUCCCCAUAAGACACUUUGAGUCAGUUUCUCACUCUGGGUAGAGAAGCAGAUUCAGACACAUCUGGUCCCCACAAGGCAGCUUAAUCUCGUGUGUGACGCGUCCCCACAAAGCCUGUUGUGUUUUUAGAAAAAUUCCAUGUGUAUUUUAAUGUAGUUAUGGCAAAUUUAUUCUUUUUUUAUUUCUCUAAAUCAAAUAUAUUUUUGUUAUUUGAUCCACAGGAGACUAGGGGCCUACUGCAUAACUGGGAGGUGGACAUCCCCAAUCCCUCCACCCAGCCACAGGCUACCAAAGAUGACACCAUUGGUCAAGAUAGCACCUCUGAUCAGGUGAGUCAUAUUUAUCACCUUACAUUUCAUAUUAAAACCAUUCUUCUGUCAGAUUUGAUGUCUUACAAUGCUAAAAAGUGACAAAAUAGGGUAAAAAAUCAUGAAAUUCAGUUUAAACCAGUGCACUGGGCAGUCAAAUGUAAACAACAUAGAAGCUUGGUGGUUUGUAUAAGAUAAAUGUUUUGGUUUGAGCCUGCUCUGGAGUUUUCUUAUUGAUUUAUUAUCAGUGAAUUGUAAACACUUACGAUGUCCCCAUAAGACACUUUGAGUCAGUUUCUCACUCUGGGUAGAGGACCAGAUUCAGACACAUCUGGUCCCCACAAGGCAGCUUAAUCUAGUGUGUGAAGUGUCCCCACAAAGCCUGUUGUGGUCAAUAGAAAAAUUCCAUGUGUAUUAUAAUGUAGUUAUGGCAAAUUUAUUCAAGUUUCAAUUUCUCCAAAUCAAAUAUAUUUUUGUUAUUUGAUCCACAGGAGACUAGGGGCCUACUGCAUAACCCGGAGGUGGACAUCCCCAAUCCCUCCAUCCAGCCACAGGCUACCAAAGAUGACACCAUUGGUCAAGAUAGCACCUCUGAUCAGGUGAGUCAUAUUUAUCACCUUACAUUUCAUAUUAAAACCAUUCUUCUGUUAGAUUUGAUGUCUUACAAUGCUAAAAAGUGAAAAAAUAGGGUAAAAAAUCAUGAAAUUCAGUUUCAACCAGUGCACUGGGCAGUCAAAUGUAAAGAACAUAGAAGCUUGGUGGUUUGUAAGAGAUACAGGUUUUGGUCUGAGACUGCUCUGGAGUUUUCUUAUUGAUUUAUUAUCAGUGUAUUGUAAACACUUACGGUGUCCCCAUAAGACACUUUGAGUAAUUUCUCACUCUGGGUAAAGAGGCAGAUUCAGACACAUGUGGUCCCAACAAGGCAGCUUAAUCUAGUGUGUGAAGUGUCCCCACAAAGUGUAUUGUGUUUUUAGAAAAAAUCCAUGUGUAUUAUAAUGUAGUUAUGGCAAAUUUAUUCAAGUUUCAAUUUCUCCAAAUCAAAUAUAUUUUGUAAUGUGUAUCCACAGGAGACUAGGGGCCUACUGAACAACAUGGAGGUGGACAUCCCCAAUCCCUCCACACAGCCACAGGCUACCAAAGAUGACACCAUUGGUCAAGAUAGCACCUCUAAUCAGGUGAGUCAUAUUUAUCACCUUACAUUUCAUAUUAAAACCAUUCUUCUGUCAGAUUUGAUGUCUUACAUUGCUAAAAAGUGAAAAAAUAGGGUAAAAAAUCAUGAAAUUCAGUUUGAACCAGUGCACUGGGCAGUCAAAUGUAAACAACAUAGAAGCUUGGUGGUUUGUAUGAGAUACAGGUUUUGGUCUGAGCCUGCUCUGGAGUUUUCUUAUUGAUUUAUUAUCAGUGAAUUGUAAACACUUACAAUGUCCCCAUAAGACACUUUGAGUCAGUUUCUCACUCUGGGUAGAGAAGCAGAUUCAGACACAUAUGGUCCCCACAAGGCAGCUUAAUCUCGUGUGUGACGCGUCCCCACAAAGCCUGUUGUGUUUUUAGAAAAAUUCCAUGUGUAUUUUAAUGUAGUUAUGGCAAAUUUAUUCUUUUUUUAUUUCUCUAAAUCAAAUAUAUUUUUGUUAUUUGAUCCACAGGAGACUAGGGGCCUACUGCAUAACUGGGAGGUGGACAUCCCCAAUCCCUCCACCCAGCCACAGGCUACCAAAGAUGACACCAUUGGUCAAGAUAGCACCUCUGAUCAGGUGAGUCAUAUUUAUCACCUUACAUUUCAUUUUAUUACAAUUUUUUGUCAUGGUUGAUGUCUUACAAUGCUAAAAAGUGAAAAAAUAGGGUAAAAAAUCAUGAAAUUCAGUUUGAACCAGUGCACUGGGCAGUCAAAUGUAAAGAACAUAGAAGCUUGGUGGUUUGUAUAAGAUAAAUGUUUUGGUUUGAGCCUGCUCUGGAGUUUUCUUAUUGAUUUAUUAUCAGUGAAUUGUAAACACUUACAAUGUCCCCAUAAGACACUUUGAGUCAGUUUCUCACUCUGGGUAGAGAAGCAGAUUCAGACACAUCUGGUCCCCACAAGGCAGCUUAAUCUCGUGUGUGACGCGUCCCCACAAAGCCUGUUGUGUUUUUAGAAAAAUUCCAUGUGUAUUUUAAUAUAGUUAUGGCAAAUUUAUUCUUUUUUUAUUUCUCUAAAUCAAACAUAUUUUUGUUAUUUGAUCCACAGGAGACUAGGGGCCUACUGCAUAACUGGGAGGUGGACAUCCCCAAUCCCUCCACACAGCCACAGGCUACCAAAGAUGACACCAUUGGUCAAGAUAGCACCUCUGAUCAGGUGAGUCAUAUUUAUCACCUUACAUUUCAUUUUAUUACAAUUUUUUGUCAUGUUUGAUGUCUUACAAUGCUAAAAAGUGAAAAAAUAGGGUAAAAAAUCAUGAAAUUCAGUUUGAACCAGUGCACUGGGCAGUCAAAUGUAAUGAACAUAGAAGCUUGGUGGUUUGUAUAAGAUAAAUGUUUUGGUUUGAGCCUGCUCUGGAGUUUUCUUAUUGAUUUAUUAUCAGUGAAUUGUAAACACUUACAAUGUCCCCAUAAGACACUUUGAGUCAGUUUCUCACUCUGGGUAGAGAAGCAGAUUCAGACACAUAUGGUCCCCACAAGGCAGCUUAAUCUCGUGUGUGACGCGUCCCCACAAAGCCUGUUGUGUUUUUAGAAAAAUUCCAUGUGUAUUUUAAUGUAGUUAUGGCAAAUUUAUUCAAGUUUCAAUUUCUCCAAAUCAAAUAUAUUUUGUAAUGUGUAUCCACAGGAGACUAGGGGCCUACUGAACAACAUGGAGGUGGAAAUCCCCAAUCCCUCCACACAGCCACAGGCUACCAAAGAUGACACCAUUGGUCAAGAUAGCACCUCUAAUCAGGUGAGUCAUAUUUAUCACCUUACAUUUCAUAUUAAAACCAUUCUUCUGUCAGAUUUGAUGUCUUACAUUGCUAAAAAGUGAAAAAAUAGGGUAAAAAAUCAUGAAAUUCAGUUUGAACCAGUGCACUGGGCAGUCAAAUGUAAACAACAUAGAAGCUUGGUGGUUUGUAUAAGAUAAAUGUUUUGGUUUGAGCCUGCUCUGGAGUUUUCUUAUUGAUUUAUUAUCAGUGAAUUGUAAACACUUACAAUGUCCCCAUAAGACACUUUGAGUCAGUUUCUCACUCUGGGUAGAGAAGCAGAUUCAGACACAUCUGGUCCCCACAAGGCAGCUUAAUCUCGUGUGUGACGCGUCCCCACAAAGCCUGUUGUGUUUUUAGAAAAAUUCCAUGUGUAUUUUAAUGUAGUUAUGGCAAAUUUAUUCUUUUUUUAUUUCUCUAAAUCAAAUAUAUUUUUGUUAUUUGAUCCACAGGAGACUAGGGGCCUACUGCAUAACUGGGAGGUGGACAUCCCCAAUCCCUCCACCCAGCCACAGGCUACCAAAGAUGACACCAUUGGUCAAGAUAGCACCUCUGAUCAGGUGAGUCAUAUUUAUCACCUAACAUUUCAUGUUAUUACAAUUUUUUUGUCAUGUUUGAUGUCUUACAAUGCUAAAAAGUGAAAAAAUAGGGUAAAAAAUCAUGAAAUUCAGUUUGAACCAGUGCACUGGGCAGUCAAAUGUAAACAACAUAGAAGCUUGGUGGUUUGUAUGAGAUACAGGUUUUGGUCUGAGCCUGCUCUGGAGUUUUCUUAUUGAUUUAUUAUCAGUGUAUUGUAAACACUUACGAUGUCCCCAUAAGACACUUUGAGUCAGUUUCUCACUCUGGGUAGAGGACCAGAUUCAGACACAUGUGGUCCCCUUAAGGCAGCUUAAUCUAGUGUGUGACGCGUCCCCACAAAGCCUGUUGUGUUCAAUAGAAAAAUUCCAUGUGUAUUAUAAUGUAGUUAUGGCAAAUUUAUUCUUUUUUAAUUUUUCUAAAUCAAAUAUAUUUUUGUGAUUUGAUCCACAGGAGACUAGGUGCCUACUGCACAACAUGGAGGUGGACAUCCCCAAUCCCUCCACACAGCCACAGGCUACCAAAGAUGACACCAUUGGUCAAGAUAGCACCUCUAAUCAGGUGAGUCAUAUUUAUAACCUUACAUUUCAUAUUAAAACCAUUCUUCUGUCAUAUUUGAUGUCUUACAAUGCUAAAAAGUGACAAAAUAGGGUAAAAAAUCAUGAAAUUCAGUUUCAACCAGUGCACUGGGCAGUCAAAUGUAAAGAACAUAGAAGCUUGGUGGUUUGUAUGAGAUACAGGUUUUGGACUGAGCCUGCUCUGGAGUUUUCUUAUUGAUUUAUUAUCAGUGUAUUGUAAAAACACUUAAGAUGUCCCCAUAAGACACUUUGAGUCAGUUUCUCACUCUGGGUAGAGAAGCAGAUUCAGACACAUGUGGUCCCCACAAGGCAGCUUAAUCUAGUGUGUGAAGUGUCCCCACAAAGCCUGUUGUGGUCAAUAGAAAAAUCCUGCAUAUAUUAUUUAAUAUAAACAUCAAGGCACCUUAUCUGUAAUGUACUAGCUUUUUACAUGCUUAACACAGCCUUAAAAAAUGCCAUACUGCCAAUAUAUCCACUGCACUGAUAAAAUUUGGUAGUAAAGGGACAAUUCAAUUUUAUUAAGUGUAUAUUCUGUUAUAUUGGAAAUAUGAUGUUUAUAGUUUCUUUUGUUGUCAGAUUGUCGCCUCUCAGAGUGACGUUGAGAUCUCUGUGCCAAAGUUGAGACGGACCAAAAGUGUCAUUGUAAGUUUCAAAAUUGAAGUCAUUAAAUAUGAGAGCCUUGAAUGCCUCUGACUUUUUCUCAAAGCUGAGGGAAAUGGCAAAUGUAAAGACAUUCCACAUUUCAGUAUUCAAAACAUCUCUGAAGAAUUUUUUUUGUCUUAGUUUUCAGCAAAUUUGAUGUAAGGUUUAAAGUCAGAUCAUGAAUAUGCAAUAUUAAUCUAACUGUGUUUAAAACAUGAGAGUAGACACCUGUCUCAUUGCAUCUUAGAAAUGUUACUAGUCUGGAUCUUUGGCUGUUUUUCACUUAAGUGAGAGACCUGUCUCUUGUCAAGGCCAAAGUUGUGUGCAAAUAUAACUGAGUGGCCUCAUGGUUACCAAGACCUGGCAGAGGUUUUGUCUUAGUGAACACUGUAAAGAAGCAAUUGAGCAUAAUUGUACAUGCUUUCCAAAACUGAAAUAACAAAAUCAGUCCAUAACAUAUGUUUCCCUUGAAUAUUUCUCUGUACUGUUUGUUAACCAAAUUGAAAGUUUUACAUAUUUUGAAUUACAUUUCUUUUUUUAGAUGAAAGACAUAAAUCUUGAAGAUUCUGCUGAACUGUAUGAUUCUGCAUCUGAGAGUGGAGAUGAUUACAUUCCAGAUACCACAUGCGAAAGUGACAGUGAUAGUGAUACUAGCCUUCACCUUAGCCCAAAGACUCAAAGGUCUCUUGCUGACAAAACUUAUGUUCCUGACCCAGUGAGCUCCCCUGAAGUUGACAGCACAACGCCAGACCAUCUCUUUCUUCCAUCCAAAGCCACUGGAGCAGAAGAAGAGCCUUGCUCAAGUCAGAACAUAAAUGACGUGAUAGUUGUUACUGCAUGCCAAAAGAGAGCUGGGAAAAGAGUUUAUGACAAAAGACAUUAUUGUCUGUAUUGCUCUAAGCCUUAUGCGAAGAUGGCCAGACAUCUAGAGGCUGCACAUAUGGAUAUAUCCAGUGUAGCCAAAGCUCUAAGCUUUCCAAAGGGCUCCAAGAAAAGAAAAUUACAACUAGAUUAUAUUCGCAACCAAGGGAACUUUGCACACAAUGCUGCAGUCAUGGAGUCAGGAAAGGGGAAACUUGUUGCAUUCAAACGACCAGUUGAAGAGUUAGAGGGAAAGGACUUUAUGCAUUGUGCAUAUUGCCAAGCACUUUUUACCAGAAAAGUCCUGUGGCGACACAUGCGUAGAUGUAGACUCAGACCUGAAUCAGUCACCCCCAAACCAGGAAAGAACCGUGUCCAGUCCAUGUGUAAAUAUGCAGAACCUGUGCCUUCCUACAUAAAAAAAGAACUGUGGGAAGUAAUCAGUAGCAUGAAUCCUGACCCAAUCACUGACAUCAUAAAAAAUGACAAAGUCAUUCUUGAUAUUGGACAACACUUGCUAAACAAAGGUGGGUCAUCAGACAAAAAUAAACAGAAUGUGAGAGAGAAGAUGCGAGAAUUGGGAAGGUUGAUCAAGAGUGCCAGGAGAGGCACCACAUUAAACAAAAUGGAGGACCUCAUCAAUCCAGAGAAGUACAUGGAGACUGUCAAAGCUGUCAAGCUUACAUGUGGGUAUGAAAGUGACACAAACAAGUUCCUCAUUCCAUCACUGGCUAUCAAACUUGGAAAUGCCCUGGUUAAAGCAAGCAAACUAUUAAAAGCUCAGGGUUUAAUAUCCAACAACAACGAGCUUGUGAAGAAUGCCAGUGGGUUUCAAGAGGUGCAUCAGGAGAAGUGGAAUGAAGUGAUCUCAGCAACUGCCUUGAGAAACAUCAGGGAAGCAAAGUGGAAUGUCCCUACUCUUAUGCCCUUUACCCAAGAUGUCCAAAAGAUGCACACUUAUCUCAGUCAAAUGCAAGAUGAGUGGCACAAAUCUCUCUCAGAAACUCCCUCUACAAGAGCCUGGAUGGAGCUGGCAAAGGUGUGUUUGGCCCAGAUUAUUCUCUUUAACCGUCGCAGGGAGGGUGAGGUGUCAAGCAUGCCCUUAUCAGCAUUUUUAUCAAGAGACUCCACUGAUGCACAUGAGGAUGUGGACUGGGCACUCUCUGAAGUGGAGAAAAAGCUGUGCAGACACUUCUCAAGGAUUGUCAUCAGAGGUAAACGUGGUCGGCCUGUCCCAAUACUUCUGACUCCAAAAAUGCUGUGUUUACUGGAACUCCUUGUCAAACAGAGAGAGGCUUGUGGGGUUCUAAAUGAAAACUGUUAUAUGUUCGCAAGACCAGGAGCAAUGUCACAUUUCCGAGGUUCAGACUGCCUCCGUAGCUUUGCAAAGGGGUGCAAUGCAAAGUGUCCAAGGUCACUGACAUCGACCAGACUUCGAAAGCAUGCUGCAACUCUUUCGACAGUGCUUAACAUGACAGAUACGGAGAUGGACCAGCUGGCCAACUUUCUUGGCCAUGACAUCAGAAUCCACCGAGAGUUCUACAGACUCCCUGAAAAGACCCUACAGCUUGCCAAGAUAAGCAAGGUUCUAAUGGCACUUGAGCAAGGAAGAUUAUCUGACUUUCAUGGCAAGAACUUAGAUGAAAUAAGGAUAGAGCCAGAUGGUAAGUUAUUUUAUUUGACUUUUUUGUUUUGCUUUGUUUACCAGAUGAUUUAAUUCACAUUGGAAGAAUGUACUCUGUACUACUUUCACAGAAAAAGUUCUUGACAGUGAAGAAGAAGAGGAUGACAGGAGCAUCCAGGGGGAAACUUCUACUGUUGAAGGUAUGUCUUGUCAGUUAAUUACUGAUGACAUACCAGUUACCAGCUAUUCUAAUACACUAGUUGUACUCUAACCCUCUGGUAAAAAUUGUUAGUCCCCCAUCUCAAUCUUUUAAUUAACUGACAGUUGAAAGGGAGAGUAAGUUAUCAAGAAAUCUUUACUUGGGUCUGUCAUGGCAUAAGAUUUUUAUCAUGGGCCAAAAGAAAUUCACUCUUUAUAGAAAACUUGGCAAAAAAUGACACUGUCAUGUCAAAUUAAUCUUGAACUUUGUCUUUUUUUUGCAAAAUACUCUGAACAUGCUCAUAAAGAGAUGGAGAGAGACUACACAAAUUUUGGUGAUUAUCCAUCACCUCUGAGUUUGAGGAGAUGUGUGCUCAACGAGAUGAUAUAAUUGACAUUCAUAAAUAAAUAUCAAUUUCUCUACACUUCUUGAAAAUGUGGAAUUUGGUCUUUGUCCAUAGAACCAUCAGCAGAGGGGUUGUGUCCUCCUACAGAAGAGAGUGAAAUGCAGCAGUCAGCAUCCAAAAGACGCAGACCACCAUCACCAGGUGAUGAGGUACCUCCAGGUGGGGCUAUGAAGCCUUCCUCCAAAGGUAACUAAGCUGCUUGAAUUCACACCUGAUUUUCGUCUUUGCUGUUUUAAUUAAUAAUUAUUUUGAUUUAAACAUUUUGGUGUAGAAUUGUCACUGUUGCAACUGAUUUGUUUUGCUUUAGUUGCACAGAAAUAUCAAGAUUACAAUGCUUAGGAUCUUGUCAAGGGUUUCAUGCUUAUUCCGUUAAAUACAGGGCUUUUUCAAUUCAUUUUAGAGGAUAACCCCAAUGCAGUAAUAACAAUUAUGCAGGAGUGCAUGUACAAAAUGUGCAGCACAUUUAUUUCAAUAAGAAACAGUAACGUUCAUAGCUUCAUGAACUAAAUGUUAUUUUCAAGAGUUGAACUUUUUGAAAAUUAUUUUAUUUACAUUAAAAACAGUCCUUACUGUUUACAUUCAGGCAUGAAAUAAAUGUAAGGAAAUCACACAGAUGAAAAUGUAUUUCUAUUCAUCGGCGCAAAUAUCUACAAAAAAUGGCAUACACUAAUUAUUUUUCUUUGCCCCUUUUUUAAUCACAAUUUUGUUUUUCUGGCCGCCUCAAGGCAAAGCUCCCCAGAAAAAACAGAAGAAAAUGCCCUGGCAACAGAAAGAGGUGCAGGCGGUGGAAAGGCACCUGAAAAGAUUCAUUACAUCCUGCAUUGUACCAUCCAAAAGCGACUGUCAGAAGUGUUUAAGUGCUGAACCAGAAGCUCUGAAGGACCACACCUGGCAGAACGUAAAGUUCUAUGUGUACAACCGCAUUACAGCUUUCAAAAGGAAAGUGCAACUUCAGUAA